AUGUAUAUUGAGGUAUUGGACGAGGCGGGGGAUUUGAAAAAUAAGGAGGUCAGUGAUAAUGUUGAUCGUGGUGCCAUAGUUGUUUCAGAUGCAAAGCGGGUUUUGGUCGGAGCUGGGGCCCGUGCCCUUUUCUAUCCAACGUUGCUGUAUAAUGUAUUGAGAAACAAGAUUCAAUCUGAAUUCCGCUGGUGGGAUAGGGUCGAUGAGUUUAUAUUUUUGGGUGCUGUUCCAUUUCCUGCUGAUGUUCCCCGCCUGAAGGAGCUUGGUGUUUCUGGAGUGGUUACGCUGAAUGAACCAUAUGAGACUUUGGUCUCAACAUCACUGUAUAAUGCCCACAACAUUGACCAUUUGGUGAUUCCUACUAGAGAUUAUCUUUUUGCUCCAUCUUAUGGUGAUAUUUGUCAAGCCGCAGACUUCAUCCAUGAGAAUGCGUCUCGUGGGAAGAUGACAUAUGUUCAUUGUAAGGCUGGUCGAGGGCGCAGUACAACCAUUGUUCUCUGUUACCUGGUGGAACACAAGCAGAUGACUCCCCAUGAUGCUUAUGCAUAUGUUAGGUCCAUUAGGCCGAGGGUACUCCUGGCCUCCUCCCAGUGGCAGGCUGUUCAAAACUACUAUUUCCGCAAGAUGAAACCUGGAAACGCCUGCAUGAUGGCCUCCAAGAGGGAAAUUAUUCACUUCCCAGAAAAACAUGACAUGGCAGCUUUUGAUGAUGCCUCUGUAGUGGUAGUGACUGAGUCAGACCUUGAUGGGUAUGAUGGAAGCUGUGAUGUGGACCUAGUGGGUAACAAGCCACUAACAGAGCUGAGCUUGGUUUGUAAGGUUCAGUUUGCCCGUCAAGCUGCUGUUGCCAGGUUUUCAUUUUUGUGGCCACGUCGACGUGGCCAGAAACUGUCAAGAAAGAAUCUUGGAGAUUCUGUCACUGCUGAGCAGCUGGGAAAUGUUGGUCUAGAUAUUCGAGUUUGUUGA